UUCUCCUCUGUUUUUUUUUUAUCAAAAUCAAAAGUAUUCACAACUCAUAUUUUCAUUUCCUCUGUUUGUGCUUCUUCCACUUUUCUCACUCAAAUGGCAUACUCAAAGGUGAUAAUUGCUCUAAUGUUGGCGUUUAUCGCCGGAUCUGCUUUCGCACAGGCACCGGGAGCAGCUCCGGCAGCUUCUCCGAAGAUUUCACCGGCACCGGUAGCAUCACCACCGGUGGCUACUCCUCCGUCAACAACGUCAACAUCACCUAUCUCUGCUCCUGCAAAUGCUCCUACUACUGCAUCUUCUCCAUUGGCAUCUCCUCCGGCUCCACCAACUUCCGAGACUCCGGCGUCGUCUCCUUCCGGUGCUGCUUCUCCUCCGUCUAUUGCCGCCGCUCCCGGAGGUUCUCCUUCUGAAUCUCCUAACUCUGCUUCAUUGAACAGAGUCGCCGUUGCCGGAUCUGCUGUUGUAGCUGUCUUUGCUGCUGCUUUGAUGCUCUAAACCUCUGAUCUAUGAAAUAUUUUGCAUUUUUUUCAUUCGCCGAAAAAUUGAUGAAGUUAGGGUAGUUGAUUUAUUUGUAUUAUAAAAUUGUUAUUGUUGAAUAUAAUUACGGAAUUCUUUGUUUAUUUAUUGGAGAACAUUAUGAAUAUGAUUAUGAUUUCCUCGCUGUA